UGCAAACAUAGUUUAUUCGUAAUAAAAGUCGAGUAGUGGAUUAUAGUAAAUUUAUAUUGUAUUCAUAUUGUUAUUUUAUUUUCUCGGCGUUCGUAAUUUUUUUUUUUACCAAAUUCAAGUAAAGUUAAGGGACAGUUUCAAUGAAUAUAAUGACCACGGAAGAACCAGUAGAUCAACCAGUUGUAGAUCUAAUUUGUGUGGAAGAAAGUCUCAUGAGUUUGGAAAAACUUGAUAGAGCUUCCCCUGAUUUAUGGCCGGAACAAAUGGUUAAUGAAGUUCCAGGUGUUAACGAGUUUGUUGCUCAAAAUUCUCCCCAAACUGAACCGUCUGCUUGGGCUGCUGGUCUUACGCCGGAUGAUAUAAAUCAAUUACAUCAAUUGGGAAACUUAUCCAUGACUGGUUUAAUAUCCGAAGUUAAAAAGUUGCACGAUAUGGCUUAUCAAUUGGGAUUGGAGGAGGCAAAAGAAAUGACGCGCGGAAAGUACUUAAACAUCUUUAAACACAAAUAAGAUUUUUUGAAUCCAGCGUAUGUGUCUUUGUAUAUCGACAAAGACGGACGGAAAUUCGAUGCUCAAGUUACAGUUGGAACCAUACGACAAAAUGCCUAACUAAAAAUUACAUACCAAUGUUGUUAUUACUUUGUAAAGAAACGA